AUGGAUAAGGAGACUAUCGGUGACAGUAUUGUUUAUGACGUUGAAGAUAAACUUGAGAAUCAGUUGCAUGUGAAUUUCGUGGACGAAGAGAAAAAGCCCGGGGAAAAAACAACAAUUGUUAUGAAAGCCAAACCUGGCUCGCGUGUAGCCAUUUCUGCCCUGGAUAAAAGUGUUUUAUUCUUGAAAGAAUCAGAUGAAAUUUCAAAAAAGGAGGCAAUUGAUUUUUUAAAUCUACAAGAAGUCGGUCCAAUGGACUCACGUCAGUACUUUACCUGUACCUCGUAUUUCAGAAAGCCUGCCAAAACAAACGAUCAAGUCUCUCAAAUAUUUAACAAUGCUGGUGUCAAAUUUGUCUCAAAUUUGAAGAUUUUUACUCGGCCUUGUAUUCGUCCUCCUCCCCCACCAAUGCGACGUCCAAUUAGAUUUUUGCGACGAUAUUAUUGGAGAAGUAAUAAAGUAUCUAGGAGGAGGUAUAUCUUUCGCUGGAAAACCCCUCGACGUUAUGGUAAGAUUGAAAAAAACUAUUAA